AAGAGCACAAGCAAUGGAAGAAAACGAACCCGAUCCGCGCAACCAUGGUCGUUUUGGAUUUCUAGACCCAAACUUAUUUUUUUCUUCACGUGCAUGGUCUUCAAUAAUUUUUUACAAUCAUUUCUCAUUUUCUAUUCACUUAUUAUUCCAAAAAAAAUUACCUCAAUAUCCAAAACGAACCCGCAGAGGAGAACGACAGAGUUCCGUCGGAUUUCCCAAGUCAAAUUAACGCUAUGCGGAAUUUAUCUUGGAUUGCUUUUGUAUUUCUUUUUUAACUCAUCGGCCAUCGCCAUCCCGAAUUUGUGUUUUCUUUAAUAGGCGAGGAGUCCGGCAACAACAAUUCAAACGCCCAGAGAUUCCUGAGCUAAUUACCGUUUACCACAUCCUUAGAUUUCACUUAUUUCAUCUUAGAUUUGUGUUUGGGGAUCAAGGGUCAUACCCAGCUAGGGCCUCUUCAAGAAUUCCUCCCCGCAACUGUUUUUCCCCAUCGCCACUACGCCAUACAUCACACAAAUCCUACUCAUCAUCUCUACGGUGGGUGAUUGAAAAGUGCAAUGGGUUUGUCAUCUCUUACAACUGUGAAUGAAGCAAUAAAGUUUUGCAUUUUUGAUUUGAAAAGAGGUCAACAUGAAGGACAGGAGUUGGACAAGAUUUUGUUUUUCUUUCCCACUGAUUUGCCCUUCUCGGCACAACUUUCUGUGAUAGGGCUCAGUGAAGGACUUAUUACUUUUACAAGAAUCUUCUCUCCAGAGGCAGCUUGUGAGGUCAUAGAAGCAGAGGAGCAUUCUCAUGUUUUUUAUGAGGCAGAGCCAGAUAUCUGGAUGGUGAUGAUUGUGGAGAAAAGUAAAGGGUCGGAAGCCAUAUGGCGGAUUGAUGCAUUGCGUGGGGUUCUUAAGGAAGUACAUUCUCUAUUCAUGAUGUUUAAUGGACCUAUAAGAGCGUUGCUUGAUAAAGAACCUGCCGGGGGACUUAUUCGAUCCCAUCUGUAUACUUUCAUCAUGGAUUAUUUAAGUGCAUUUCAAAAGCGGUCUCCAUUGGAUUUUUGCUGCUGGGAUUUUCUUGUUGGGAAGAAACUUCAGUUACCAAAUUUCCGUGACUCUUUAAGGGAACGUGGAACUGUACAGAUGUUGACUAUAGGACGUGAAGCUGCAAUAGAAGUACAGUCACUGGUCAGACAAAUAGAAUCAUCUGCUAGCAAUACACCAUGCUACUCACUGAUCUUGUUUCAAGACUUGCUGGUGUCCACAACACUUUCCCCUGAGGACACCAUAAACUUAUUUACAUAUGCAGUCCUAAGGUUGUCUCCACGUGCUCUACCCUCUGCAGUCAGUUCAUGGUCCUAUUUACGCAAAGGAAAUGUGUCAUCUCAUGCUGCCACCGGAUCUAUCUCAGCAAACUCUGGUGCAGUUUUGGAUCAAUUUUAUCGGUCUCAUAAUAGCUCUUCUGCUGGAGAUCCUGGUUAUAAUGUUGCAAGGCCCUUACAGCCUGACAAGUGGACCAAAGGGAAAGAUGGUUUUCUUGUCUCUGGUAUUUGGAAUACAGAGGCUGGUAGCUCAGCUCCUACCAUUCCAACAAUUUGGCUUCAGCAAACGGGGGAGAGAAUGUAUCUCUAUGUUUUUCAGCAUAGAAACCUUACCUUGAUCCUUCUUAUUCCCGUCACUUCCAUUCCCAAUGGGGAGCAAGCUAUCUCAAUGGUGAAGCAGCAAGUUCUUGAAAAUGCUUCACUAAAGAUUGACAAAGUUGAGGAGAAAUUAUCCAAAGGAUGGGGUGGGGAGAAUGCUUAUCACGUGAGUGGGUACCGAUAUUUACUAGUGGAUGGUGACAAAAAUGUAUCUAGGGCUUCUCCACCUACAAAAGUAACAACACUAACGAAGGAAUCGUUAGUUGCAUUGACUAAGCUCCGAGAAGAGGUUGAUUUGGAAAAGAGCCGAGCCAAAUGGGAUGGUCCAGACAGGGAUAAGGAUUUGGAAAUAAGCAUUCGGGCUAAAAACAAUGCUUGGGUGAUUGGGCAGGUUACAAGAGGAAAAGAACUUUAUAUGGUUUUAGAGAAAGCCAAUGAGACACUUCUCUAUGCCUCUGAUGCUGUUGAGAACUUUAGCAACAGGUAUUGUAAUGGCUCUUUUUCUUUGGAUUAGAAGAAAAUUACUUGUAUUCAACACUUGUACUCUGCAGAUAACUGACAAGGGAUGCAUGUUUAUAGAUGUAACAGAAUCCAGGAUGAAAAUCGAGAGGCGAUCACCUUCCACUUUUUGUCUGUGUUUGUUUUUGUAUUGUUGAUCUUGUUGUAAUAAGGAAAGCAAAAACACAAAAUGCAGGCAUGUACCCACUUGUGUUGGGAUUUCCCCUGUGCAAAUACUUUUCAUGAGCAAGCAAGGAUUCUGUGAAACAGCCACUCCCUUGUGAUAUUUCCCAUGGCUUAAGACAUUGAGAUUUCAAUUUACUACAA